AUGGUUAACUUCAACAACACUUUCUUGGCUGUAGGAGUCCUCGCCACUCUCGCUAUUGCAGCAACGCCGUCGCCGGCAACCGUACGCGCGAGAGAUGUCCAGUCGGCCAGAGAGGUCAAAUGCCCUAUUACCGAGGUUUCCAGCUUUGGGAAGACAUUCAAGAAAGACGACAUUGAGGCCGAUAUCAAGGCAAACCCAGAUCCCAACGCUAAGAACAACGGGUUCCCAAAGGAAUAUAGGUACACUGGCACCGGCUCUUGGCCUUUCAAGAAAAGCACAGCUUGCGAUGAUAAGAAAAAUAAAGGUGAAAAGGUCUACGAGAUUCCAAUUGGCCCAUCGGGCCAGUCAUGGAACACAUUUGGCGCAAAGCCUGGAACAUACAGGGUCCUCUUUGCUAUUGAUGGGAAGAACCAGAUCUUCUGCGGUGUGACUGCUCAUGCGAGCAAGACAGAUUUCAGUAAGGUCGUUGGAUGUGAGGAGUAG